CAUUGGCGAAGAGACUUUAAAGUUACUGCAGAUCGCUGGAGUUGCUGUUGUGACUGGUACGAAAGUUACCUAUCGUGCGGUGACGACCCGCCGAAAGAAACACGAUACAGUUUAUCUUUAUGUCAUGGCAAGUUUAACUUAAGAAAUGACUAACAAACAAGGUGCUAUGUGUUAUUACUGGAAUACUGAGCAAAUACUCUAUAGAGCGAAACGACCCUCUAAACCUGAUGCGAUAAAGUUAUGUUCUAUCUAAUUCGACAUGUGGAUUUAAUGAGAGCACUUUUUAGCAAACGAUUUGGUAUAUUAUAAAAGGUACACUGACUCUUAUAUAGUUGAUAUUGUUCCUGUCGUCCAUAAAGUGGUUCGUGUAUUAGGAUAGUGACCUUUGUGUGUGUAUAGCAAAAAAUGAAAUUGCUUAGUGAAGUUACAGUGGAGUUAAUGAUACAAUAAGGAAAACUAAUCCUGGUGCCAUAAACGUCAUUUUGUUCUACCCAUCUUGUUUGAAGCAUGUCAGCGGUACAUAGCGCCAAUUAGGUUUUUAAGCAUACCCAGUCGCUGUAACUAGCUCCACAACAAGGAACCUUUGAUGGCAUCGCACGAGGCCAAUAAGGAUUUGGAUGAGUGGAGCAACUCAACGGUGGUGGUAGUCCCUCUACCGGAGGUUCAGUCAAUGAGCCUUUGUCUGAACUCAACGGAGCGACAAAGCAAUGUAAACUUUACUCCGUAUCCCAUCGAUGCUAACGGUGAAGGAAAUAGUCUGACAGCGCGAUCCUGCCCGCGUGACUGGGACGGCUUUCUAUGUUGGCCGCAGACGCUGCCCGAGCAGAUAGUUCUGCAGAGAUGUCCUACCCUCAGGAGGCCAGACGCCAUCGGGGUAACAGUGUCGCAGGUCGACAAGGUUGCCGAGUUCGCAUGGCGACACUGCGGCGCAAACGGCACGUGGACUUCGCUGCAGUCCAGUGACUCGUAUAGCUGGCACCUGUAUACAAACUUCUCCGCCUGCAAUAUGGACCCUACAGUUGCUCUAUCACCGAAUGAGCAAGAACUUUACAGAUUAAUCCGAGUGCAUCUGCCUGCGAUUAAGCAGAUGUCGAUCGUAGGAUACUCCACAUCACUAGCACUUCUACUUGGUGCCUUCACGCUACUCGCAUCGCUCAAGCGUUUACGAUGCGCACGCAAUAAGAUACACCUGCAUCUUUUUGCUUCGUUUAUUGUUCGGGCUGUUGUUCUGGUCCAUAAGCAUAGUUCAACGAGGCAUUCCGAUCUGACUCCACAGUGUUGGAUGCUGAUGUGCCUGUUUCACUAUUCACUCAUGGCUAAUUACUGCUGGAUCCUCGUCGAAGGUCUUUACCUGCAUAACCUUAUCUUUAACUCGUUCUACGCAGAUGGAUCUAGUAUCGCUAAAUACGUUGUCAUGGGCUGGGGUUUGCCUGUGUCGUGCGUAAUCGUAUGGGCGAUUGCUCGAAAUAUCGUAGGCAACGACACGUGUUGGACGUCAGACGCAAAGCUGAUCCAAUGGCUGCUACGAGGGCCCAUCACUCUUAGUAUAGUGCUCAACUUUAUUUUCUUUAUCAAUAUUACUCGCGUUGUGUUCAUCAAGAUGUCGAAUUCGCACGAGCCUGAAGCGCGGCGCGUGAAAUACCGCAAAUGGUUCAAGUCGACCUUAGUCUUAGUUCCAUUGUUUGGAGCGCAUCACAUAAUCCUUAUGGUGAUGUCAAUUGCAGCCGUUACGCCGCUGUACGAACUUUACUGGCUUUACAUUGAUCAGCUCUUCACAUCGUUUCAGUUCCUCAAGGGUCCUGAUCCGGUGAUUUUGUCCAACUGUCCAGCAAAAAGGCAUAGCUGUCCGUCGAUGUCCAUUACCUAAACGAGUGCACAACACUGUAUAUCCGCACAGUGGCUCCUCCCAUUGUAUUCAUAAAGGUCCUGGAUGGAGCUCGUUGAAACCACCUGCCGGCAACAGAAACUGGACGGUCAGCCGUUGCAAGCCGCUCUGUCGUCAGGGCCGUUAUCUAUACAUGAAUGUUCCCGAUCAUUUCAGACGGAAUCGAGGGUUCCGUGGUAGCUCUAUUAUAUUGUUUCUGCAAUGGUGAGGUACAAUCUGAAGUGUACCGUCUUCUGCCAGAGGGACUUAAAAGGAAAAUUCUCACUAUGCGAAGGGCUCAUAACCGAACACCGCUCACCCAUGAGCGUAAUUUAACCAGCCGCAACGGACACGCACAGGACGAAAAAUUUAUCGUUCGUCAUCGUGCACUCAACCCUGACGAUAGCGGUUUAACUAAGGACAAGAAUGAAAUACCUCUCGAGAUACGGAUCAUGGGCGAAGGAGCCGUUGAAGUCGAAGCGCGACUAUAAAACUUUAAAAAACGCAUUGUAUUAAUAAAAUAAUGCGCACUAGACUUUAAGCUUUCAUCGCCAAAAUCUUCUAUAAUGUCUAGCUAAUGAAUGAACGGCAUUUAUAGGAAUGAAGAGGCAGCUAAAAUCUCAAUGCCAUAUUUUAACUGAUGAUUUCUACGAGUUUAACCAGCAAGGACCUCAAGCAAACCGAAACGAAGUACCAGCAACCCAGCUCAGUCUGUUCUAACAGAGUGUCUACGACGAUCCCGAAGAGCAUGAGUCUGCCAAAAUCUGUAUGCGCUGUAUGUUUAUAGUUCAUUGAACAAAGUCGAACUUCGACGAUCGGACGACUUCAGAAGUGCCUGGAUGACGACCAACUGAAAACAACGGCUGCACUCUCAAAUGACAAUAGAUUCAGACGACUGUCUUCAAGGCGACGAGACCCCACUCGUUGUGUACUGCACGCGAUUCUUACCCCCGUAGAACAACGAGAAAGACAAACGCCCAGUAUGGUUGCAACUAAAUAGAAGAAGUUGCUUUUCGAUACGAUACUCGAUAUUUGGUCUCUAAGCCUGGGCCGCUCCAACGUUGACUUGUGGGCUUCGCUAAUCGCAAUUAGCGAGAUGAGCAGGACAUUAUCGACCCUGAAUGCAGCUUCAAGUGGGUCCACUCAUUAGGACUAAUA